GGAAUACCAGGUUGGGCUCCUACAAGAUGGGAACCCGGGUCCCUGGGAGGGUCCAGUGAUGCUGGAGGUUCCCGGUAACAUCUCUCCUCCAGCCUUGAGUCUCCAGCCAGGACCCUAAAGACCCCUCAGGAACUCAGGGGGCUGGGGCUGGGGCGCCAUGGCGGAAGCGCGCCAGGCUGCUGAUUUCCCACCGUGGCUGCCCUCGGGCGGAGCACCAGAGGGUCUCCGUGGCUCCCUGCUGCAGGAGAUCUACCUGUGCAGCCUGCGAUCUUGGAGAAGGCACCUGGGGCGAUUCUGGAAUGACUUUCUGACUGGUAUAUUCCCCGCCAGCCCCCUCAGCUGGCUCUUCCUCUUCAGUGCAAUCCAGCUUGCCUGGUUCCUCCAGCUGGAUCCUUCCCUAGGCCUGGUGGAGAAGAUUAAAGAUUUCCUGCCAGAUUGGGGUGGGCAGCACCACUACCUCCGGGGGGUCCUGGCAGCUGCUCUGUUUGCCUCUUGUUUGUGGGGUGCCUUGAUCUUCACCCUUCACGUGGCCCUGAGGCUGCUCCUGUCCUACCAUGGCUGGCUUCUUGAACCGCACGGAUCCAUGUCCUCACCUACCAAGACCUGGCUGGCCCUGGUCCGCAUCUUCUCCGGCCGCCACCCAAUGCUCUUCAGUUACCAGCGCUCCCUGCCACGCCAGCCGGUACCCUCGGUGCAGGACACCGUGUCCAAGUACCUGGAGUCAGUCCGCCCCGUCCUCUCCGAUGAGGACUUCGACUGGAUGGCGGUGAUGGCACAGGAGUUCCUGAAGCUGCAGGCAUCGCUGCUGCAGUGGUACCUGUGGCUGAAGUCUUGGUGGGCGUCUAAUUACGUCACUGACUGGUGGGAAGAGUUUGUGUACCUGCGGUCUCGCAACUCACUGAUGGUGAACAGCAACUACUAUUUAAUGGACUUCCUGUACGUCACACCCACGCCGCUGCAGGCAGCUCGGGCGGGGAACGCCGUCCAUGCCCUCCUCCUGUACCGCCACCGGCUGACCCGCCAGGAGAUCCCACCGACUUUGCUUAUGGGGAUGCGUCCUUUGUGCUCUGCCCAGUUCGAGAAGAUAUUCAACACUACCCGGGUGCCAGGGGUGGAAAAAGACUCCCUCCGCCACCUCCGGGACAGCUGGCACGUGGCUGUCUUCCACCGGGGCCGAUUCUUCCGUGUGGGGACCCAUUCCCCUAAAGGCUUGCUGUCCCCACGGUCGCUGGAACAGCAAUUCCAGCGCAUCCUGGACGACUGCUCACCCGCCUGUCCCCACGAGGAGCACCUGGCAGCCCUCACAGCCGCUCCCAGGGGUAUGUGGGCCCAGGUGCGAGAGUCCAUGAAGGCCCGGGCUGCCGCUGCUCUGGAAGCCGUGGAAGGAGCCGCGUUCUUUGUGUCUCUGGAUUCGGAGCCAGGAGGCCUCACCAGGGAGGACCCAGCUGCUUCCCUCGAUGCUUAUGCCCACACCCUGCUGGCCGGCCACGGUCAUGACCGCUGGCUUGACAAGUCCUUCACCCUCAUUGUCUUCUCCAAUGGGAAGCUGGGCCUCAGCGUGGAGCACUCAUGGGCUGACUGCCCCAUCUCAGGACACAUGUGGGAGUUCACCCUGGCCACCGAAUGCUUUCAUCUGGGCUACUCGGCAGAUGGCCACUGCAAGGGACAGCCUGAUCCUACGCUGCCCCAGCCUCAGCGGCUACAGUGGGACCUCCCAGACCAAGUCCAUUCCUCCAUCUCUCUAGCCCUGAGGGGAGCCAAGACCUUGGCUGGAAACAUCGAUUGCCAUGUAUUCCCCUUCUCGCACUUUGGCAAGAGCUUCAUCAAACAUUGCCACCUCUCUUCAGACAGUUUCAUCCAGGUGGUCCUGCAGCUGGCCUACUUCCGGGACAGGGGUCGAUUCUGCCUGACUUAUGAGUCAGCCAUGACUCGCUUGUUCCUGGAAGGUGGGACGGAGACAGUGAGGUCUUGUACCAGGGAAGCUUGUAACUUUGUGAAAGCGAUGGAGGACAAGGAGAAGACAGACUCACAGUGCCUCACCCUGUUCCGCCUGGCUGUGGAUAAACACCAGACUCUGCUCAAGGCAGCCAUGAUUGGGCAGGGGAUCGACCGGCACCUCUUUGCACUCUACAUUGUCUCACAAUUCCUCAAUCUGCAGUCGCCCUUCCUAUCUCAGGUUCACUCGGAGCAGUGGCAGCUGUCCACCAGCCAGAUCCCCGUGCAGCAGGCACACCUGUUUGAUGUCCACAAUUACCCGGAUUAUGUUUCCUCGGGUGGCGGAUUCGGGCCUGCUGAUGACAACGGCUAUGGCGUUUCUUAUAUCUUCAUGGGGGAUGACACGGUGACCUUCCACAUCGCCAGUAAGAAGUCAAGCACAAAAACAGACUCACACCGGCUGGGCCAGCACAUUGAGGAUGCCCUUCUGGACGUGGCCGCCCUAUUCCAGACGCGGCAGCAUCUUAAGCACAGAUUCCGAAGGGCUGGAGAAGAGUGCUCCGGGUACAGGCAGAGAUUUCCCUCCAGAAAGACUGCUCCCACAGCACCUACUGAACUCUGACCCCUCUGACAGGAGAGCCAGGCGCAGGUCCCUACAGCUGGGCUGGCACAGGCUGGAGUGGCCCAUGUUGGUGGUCCCACAUCAGGCCAAUAAAGAGGUGUGAGCUGGGUGUAAUGUGUGCACUGUGCUCUUGGGCAGGGAUGGUGGAGGUGAGGGGUCAGGGUGAGCGUGAGAGCUCUCUUCCAUCCUUGAACUAUCCCAGCAUGGAUUCAGCUCCAUCCUCAACCCAUAGACACCUGCCAAGAGUGGUCCCUUCCUACUGUUAUCGACCAAACCCUCAGCCACUGUGGACCAGACAGCCCACAAACCCAGCUUCUCCUCCCAUCCACC